GCGUGCGUGCUCUGUCAUCUGUCUUGGUUUGGAGGACUUGCUUCGCAAAAAAAUCAGGUGGGCGAGAUCAAACCAUGAAGAUAAAAGCAAUUAAGAUGUAGAACCGCCGCAGCCAUAAAGCAAGUGAAACACGUGGCAGCUGCGUUGAGGAGUGUUUGCUCCUCAAACCUCCAAAUAAGGAAAGAAAAACACUCGGUUCAUCUUGAAUUGCAGCCGUUUUCUGGAAAAUCUAUCAAUUAUCGCACUGAAAGUAGAAUAAGCCAGAGUCAUAGCACGUGGUUAUAUUUGUAAUGAGUUUCUGGGUUUUAACAGUUGAGGAAAAUAGUUGCUGUUGCUGGUAAAACAAAAAAAACAAAUGUUGCCAUAGAGAUUUUGGCUCAUUUCCUGGAAGGUUGAAGGCUCUGAGGAAAUUUCUCUCCCACUCUUCGAGAAGAGCUUCCACAUUGCUCUUGAGCAAAGAUCUUACCGGCGGAGUGGAUCGGUGGACCACACUGCUCACUGCUGCACUGGAUGUGGAUUAAUUGAUCAACGUUUGCUCGAUAAAUAAAAAGGUAAAGCUGCCAGAGGUGACCGUACGAGUCACAGUUUCAAACGGCAGCGAGGGGUUAUUAAAUCCAUCAUUUGAGAGAGAAAAUCUGAUCCUCGGGGCUCGGGAAGUCAGUAAGGUGACAUUAAUGCGUGUCGGGGUUUCAUCCAGUCUUUAUCGCUGACCUUUAAACUAACUGUCCAGCCCGUCCACGGCCCGAGAUCCUCACUCGGAGCCUUUCGGCUCGGGUGUUUCGCUGCCUCGAUUGUUGAUGAAUCAUUUUUUCUCUCAGAAAGUGAGAGCAACGAGUUGUUCCACCAACACAGUAUUGAUAGAGGUGAUUUCACUGAGUUAAAAAGCCAUCAGUCAGUGACCGUGUCACCGUGUGCCACCAGAAGAAUGAAGACAUCACCAGCAGCAGCCGUAUAAUGAUGCAUGAACACUCUGGGAUGGGGGCCGGCUGAGCAGAAGUCGUCGGCUGACCUUUGACCCUUCAUGGAUUAAACAUGGCACUUUGGCUGAGACGGGGAGGGAAGCGAGACAUCUCACACUCCGGUAACUCUUGGAAUUUAACGAAGGUGUUUGAUUGAAGCGGGACUGCGAAGACUGGACAAGCCCGGGGUCUUUUUUUUAUUUUUAUUUCAAUGGGACUGACAUGGUUCAGUGAACAUGGAAUAAGGUCUGAGCGGGAGAUGUUCGUGAAUAAAAUACAAAAAUAUAAUACAAAAUAGAAUUUGAGUCAAGGAUGGAGCAGGAUUUUACACAGUAGGAUCAAUUAUCUCUUUCAGUAAUUGUGGAUAGUGAAGACUUGAACGCACAGGCCUGGACUAACAUUAGCCAGUGUUGCUGACCUUUGCAACUCUUAACACCCAGUUCAACUUUAAGCUAAAAUCGUGACUGAAGUCUAGCAGGCGCUACCGGCCUGCAGCCGCAGACCCUUCCGUUCCUCGUUGUUGUGAAUGGACGUCUGACCCUUGUAACGCUAGAAGGUGGCGUUUCACUGCAGCUGCGACCUGUAACUCUGACCCCGCGUCAGUACCCCGCCGCAGCGUCGCUAAAAAUAAACUCCAAACAUGGCUGCCACGGGAAGGAAGCACUUGGUCAGAGACUUCAACCAUUUCAUCACCUGCUACCUGUGUCGAGGUUACCUGAUCAAACCGACCACGGUCACCGAGUGCCUGCACACCUUCUGUAAGAGCUGUAUUGUGCAGCACUUUGAGGAGAGUAAUGACUGUCCUAAAUGUGGCAUUCAGGUCCAUGAGACCAACCCGCUGGAGAUGCUCAGGUUGGACAACACCCUGGAAGAGAUCAUUUUCAAGCUGGUGCCCGGACUCAGAGAAAAAGAGGAACAGCAAGAACUGGAAUUCUGGAGAAAGAACCAGCCCAAAGAAAACGGCCAAGCAGAUAACCUGAGGUGUCAAAGGCUCGGGCUGCCUGAUGUUGGUGGCGACGGUGGUGGCGACGGCGGCGGUGAUGAUGGCGACGGUGGCGGCGACGACGACUACCACAGGAGCGAUCCUCAGAUAGCAAUCUGUCUGGACUGCCUACGUAACACGGGACAGUCAGGGGAGAGCACUGUCACGGAUUUGAUGAAGAGGUUCAUCCGCUGCUCCAGCAGAGUCACCGUGGGAACAAUAAAGAAGUUUCUCAGUCUUAAACUGAAGCUGCCCAGCUCCUACGAGCUGGAUGUGCUGUGCAACGGAGAGAUCAUGGGCAGAGAUCACACUCUGGAGUUCAUCUACAUGACUCGGUGGAGGCUACAUGGAGAGAAUACGUAUCCCAUGGUUCUUGAGUACCGGCCUCGUAUCGACUUCGGCUGAACUAGGGCUGCCAGGAGAGGACCGUACACAGACACGCGCACGCACUCACGCACGCACACACACACACACACACACACACACACACACACACACACACACACACACGCACACGCACAGAAAAAAUGAGGAAGACCUACAUUUUUCCCGCGGAUACACACAAAUACACACAAACACAAACAAACACAUGCCCACAAUGUGCAGAGAGAGAGAGAGAGAUUUAAAUGUAUUUUUGUACAGCCAAUGAUGAAGUGCAUACGUUGUUAUGGUAAAGAGGUUUUAUGCUACAUAGAAUAAUAUAUGCUAUAAUAUAUGAUAUUUUUAAAUGUAUGUCCCUGUGCCUAAAAACCUGUUGAGAUCAGAAAUGAAGUAUGACCAUAUCUUCACUAUGCUUGUCUAACUCUGUAGAUUAAAUGUCGAUUUUCUACUGUU